AUGUCGAGCGCCUGGUCAAUCCGCGACAUUUCUUACCGGCAACUGCACUUUCUCUUGAUUCUCUUCUUUUUUUUUUUUUUACUCUCUCUCGUCUCUUUUCUCGUCUCUCGUCUCUUCUCUCGCCUCUUCUCUCGUCUCUCGUCUCUUGUCUCUUCUCUCUUCUCUUCUCUCGUCUCUUCUCUCUUCUCUCGUCUCUUCUCUCUUCUCUCGUCUCUUCUCUCUUCUCUUCUCUCUUCUCUCGUCUCUUCUCUCUUCUCUCUUCUCUUCUCUCGUCUCUUCUCUUGUCUCGUCUCUUGUCUCUUCUCUUGUCUCUUCUCUCGUCUCGUCUCUUCUCUUCUCUCUUGUCUCGUCUCUCGUCUCUUCUCUCGUCUCUUCUCUCGUCUCUUCUCUCGUCUCUUCUCUCGUCUCUCUUCUCUUCUCUCGUCUCUCUUCUCUUCUCUCGUCUCUUUUCUCUUUUCUCGUCUCUUUUCUCUUUUCUCGUCUCUUUUCUCUUCUCUCGCCUCUUUUCUCUUUUCUCGUCUCUUGUCUCGUCUCUUUUCUCUUCUCUCGUCUCGUCUCUUUUCUCUUCUCUCGUCUCGUCUCUUUUCUCUUCUCUCGUCUCGUCUCUUUUCUCUUCUCUCGUCUCUUCUCUCUUCUCUCGUCUCUUCUCUCCUCUCUCGCCUCUUUUCUCGUCUCUCGCCUCUUUUCUCGUCUCUCGCCUCUUUUCUCGUCUCUCCUCUUUUUUCGUCUCUCCUCUCUUCUCUCGUCUCGUCUCUUCUCUCGUCUCUUCUCUUCUCUCUCUCGUCUCUUCUCUCUCCUCUCGUCUCUCGUCUCUUCUCUUCUCUCUUCUCUCUUCUCUUCUCUCGUCUCUCGUCUCUCCUCUUCUCUCGUCUCUUCUCUCGUCUCUCCUCUUCUCUCGUCUCUUCUCUCGUCUCUCCUCUUCUCUCGUCUCUUCUCUCGUCUCUCCUCUUCUCUCGUCUCUUCUCUCUUCUCACGUCUCGUCUCACGUCUCUUCUCUCUCUCUUCCUUUUUUCUCUCUCUUUUCUCUUUAACUUUUCUCACCCGCUCUCUCAUUUCUCUGAUAAUGAACUUUUUUUUAAGUUGUUUGUUUACACGAGAACACAUACGUCGAUCCAACAAGUGUACCUGUUGACCAAAUCAUUUGAGAUCAGUCCUUUCCUCCAUGGUCAUGGCCGUAAUGAAAAACAAAACCGCUAG